AUGGACCUGCCUCAGUACCUUCACCACCACCCAAGGUACGCUACUUCUCAUCCCUACCCAGCCGACCCCCCGAAUUUCCCAAACUAUCCUCACCGCCACCACAACAACCACCACUACAACCACCACCACCAGCAGCAACCACCACCACAAAUCCAACCACCGCCGCCUCCACCGCCACCACUACCCCCAACGUCGUCAUAUCACCCCCUGCCUCCACCUCCACCACCGCCGCCCCAUCCCUACAACCCCAGCCAGCCCCAAUUGCCCUUUGAAUCCGAACAUUCUAGAACCUUUCACUCUCUUCACGACUUCCCUGUCUCCUCGCCCCGUGUCUCCAGCCGAGUCACUCUCGAUGCCGAGCGCCAUCGCCAUCAUCGAUUGCCCCAAUUUGAUCUUCCCUACCUCGAAAAGAAUCCCGAUUCUUGGGACCCUUCGAGGCCUUAUCUUGAUUUUGAGCGUGAUCGUGAAUUGCAUAAACCCCAGUUUAGGCUUGAAUCAGAGGGUAGUGGUAGUGCUAGGUUUAGAGGCGAGUACAAUGAACAACUGCUCCGGGAUCAGCGGGUGGGCGACGAUGAGUAUAAUAAUCGUCGCCGAGCUCGUGUAGAACCCAAUUCUGAAAUUGCUUAUCGCGAAUUGGGGUUUGUGUCGAAUCAAAAUUCGAAUAAUUUGAAUUCCAAUAAUUUGGAUUUUGAUUCGAAAUCCGGAGGUUAUGAUGGCAGGUAUGAUGAGUUGAUGAGGAGUGGUGGUGGUAGGAGGGAUGAAGUGUAUGAGAAUACUCAGAGAUGGGUUCAUCAUGACAGACAAGCUAGUAGAGAGUUAUAUGAUCCGUUCGAGGUUGAUGAGACUAAUGGAGCUCGGAAUGUUUCAGGGAAUCGGGAGUAUUAUGGUUCGGAAACAGGAAGAGGUAGUAGUAAUAAUAGGAGGAAGCAGAUUCAGAAGAAGAGUGCUUUGCUCCGGCUGCAAAUGGCGAAACCUAGUCACAAGAAUUACUCUGCUUAUUUUGAUAAUUCUGGCUCUAGUUCCCACAGAGGGAAAGGACAUUAUGAGUAUUCGGAUCGUGAGAUGGAUGAAGAAGAGAGAGGUGGGAGCCCUUUGGAACUUGAUGUAUCAUUUAAAUCGAAUUCCCUAGUGGCGAAGACAGUUGGGAAUAGGAAUUUUAAGAGAGAUUCAGUGUUCGACAGUGAUUUUUCAAAUUCGCAACUCACUAAACUCAGUGAGGAUGCUGUACAUUUGGAUAGCUCUGUAGUUGUUGAGGAUAUGACAUCCAAUUCAGACAAGGACCCGCGACUGUUGGAAGAGGAAGUGACUACUUCUGGUGUUGAGAGUAGGUGUGAUAUCGAUUCACAGCCGUGUUCUAAUGUGACUGAUGCUUCGUUUGGAAAGAGUGAAGUGGUAAGGGCUUCAAAAAGCAAGGUUUUACAAAGAGAUGGUAAAAGUGCUGGUUCUAGUCAAAUGCCCUCUCUCAAGGUUUCUAAGAAGAAAAAAGUGGCAAAGAAAGUAGUGAAAAAGGUCAUAAAUCCUCAACCACUGCCAAAAAAUAAGAUCGAUGAACCUGGGGUAGCAGAUAGCUUUAUUUGUAGACCAUCUGCAUCCUUUGGGGCUGACAAGGGCGAAACCUCUUCUUUUGCUGAUCCUUGUUCAAACGAUGUGCAUGCGAUGCCUGUAAAUAAAAAAGUAGAUGGCUCUUCCCUGAACAUGUUAUCAGAUGAGCAUGGCACUGAAGCCAACUCUUGUAGUAAGAGUACUGGGAGCAACUCAACUUCAAAAUUGGGUUCUUCGAAUCAUGAAGAAUUUAACAUUGAUCAGGGUCCUCUGACUGUAGAUACUUCUGUCCAGGGCUUGCUUAAGAUUUCAAAUUGUAGCAACAAUGUAACUGAUUCACUUAGGGUAGCUAGUUGUCCUGAAACUGAUGGUGUUAUAGAUGUCAGCAAACAGAUUUGUCACAGUGGUAACGGUUUAUCGCUUGAUAAUGUCAUGCGAGAAGAAUCAUCAGAGGCCAUGCUGUCUGUAGAAGGCAAUGCCAAUUCUGGUUUUUUAAAUUCAGAGAAAAUUUUGAUGCAUGACGACAUUAUGAAUGCAAAUGAUUCAGGCCAUGGUACAGAAACCACCUUGGAUAUUGAGAGUGGGAGAAAUGUGUUGCAUCAGGAAAAAAUUGUUCAUGACAUUGGCACUGUGGAUGCCAUCAAUGAGAAAGUUUGUAAAUAUCAGUUCCCUACAUCACUUCAAAUUGGUUUUGUGGAAGAACUUCCAAGGGGUAUAUCUUCAGCAGAAAGCAGCAUGACUGUUGGUUUGUCAAGUUCGGGGGAGACCUUAGCUGUUUGCUCCAAUUCUGGUAGAGGUACAACCUGGGAUUCUGACAAAGUUUGUACUAAUUAUGAUGAGAAUGUUAUUGGUAAGCAACCAUCUGCAGAUGGUGCCUCUAGAUCAUUUGGAAUUUGUGCCACACAAAGAUCUCCAGAUGUUACAAAGUCAGUUGGAGAUAGUAAGAGUAGUACUCAUAAGAAUAAAAAGAAGAGAAAAGUUAGGACUCGGUUAGACUCUUCAAGGGCUUCCAACGCUUGUGCAGAGCCUAUAAAUGUUUCCGUCAACAAAAAUUCUGUGGAUACAACAGUAAGUUCAUCCCUGAAGGAUGCUAGUCAUGCAGAAGUUUCUGUUUUUGGUGUUGGAAAGUUAGAUAUUGGCUCACAACCUGUUAAUGAUGGGGUAAGUGUUAUUCAUGGGAAAAGCUCAGUAGAUGGGUUUUGUGAGGCAAAGUUAUCAACUAGAAGUGAUGUUAACUGUGAUCCCAAUGAGACUUCAUCGAAGUAUAUAAAGAAGAGAAAGUUAUCUGCCUCUCAUUUAGUAUUGACUACAUCUCAAACCAAUGAUGGACCUGCAGAUAAAUCAACAUUUUAUACAGAAUCUACAGAUGCACCUUUGAAGUCUAAUGGUGAUCCAACACAAGAAGAAGACGAAGUUGCUGCUUCCAGCACAGGUCUUCCCCUUGCUACUUCUAAUUUAAUGCCUUCUCAAGAAGGAAGCACUGUAUUUCUUAAGGAUAAUUUAGCAGGAGUAUUAUCUGAUGCUGUAGCUGCAGCUAGGGAUGCCUUUACUAAUGAUGGUAUGAAGUCUGAGCACCAAGGUGUGGACUCCUGUUCAAUUUAUGAAGAGUCAGUUCCAGAUACACUAUUCCUUUGUCCAUCACAAUUGAGAAAUGAGCAGAAAGAGGCAGGUACUCAAGUUAUGGUCAUAAAUAAUCAUCACCUUGACAUUAUGGACAUAGAAAGCAAUCGUGAAGAAAAUUUUGAUAUAGUUGCAACAGACGAGCAAGUUAUUAUACACGGUGAGACUGCUUUAUGCAGAGUUUCUUCAGAAGUCGAGCCUCCAGAGUUAGGUUAUAAAUUUUCCUGCACAGAUAUGGAAUCAGAUUAUGUCUCUGUGAAAGAUACAUUGCCGUUUGCUUCAAAUUGUCUGCUGUUGUGCGCCAAUGACAAUGAAGUAUCCACCACUAACUCUAAUGAUGAAGGGGUGGAGUCUGUGCCUGAUACACUGUCAGAUACGGGUUCUCCAGAAACUUCAACUGAUGUCCCUGGCGUGCAGAUGCAAACUUGUAGUCCAUCAGUUACUAAAAUUUCUGAUGGAAAAGAUUGUGGGGAUGACCAGAAAUUAGAUUUGAAGUCUGUGGUUGAAGUUGGUUGCAGUGCAUCUGCUCGAAAUUCAUUAUCAGAGUGUACCAAAUCUAAUUUAACAUCACAUCCUGUAACUGAAGGUGGCCAAUCAGUCAUGGGGAAGACAGUAGCUUUGCCAUUGCAGGAUAUCAAAAAGACAGCUCAUGGUUUGAAUCUCGUAACUGCUGAAUCUCGGUUGAAGAAUCAGUUGGGUCAAGCUACUCAUAGGAUUGUUCCAGGUCAUUCAUAUUCUGUGUUUUCUACCUCAAAGAAGACUGGCUCGUCAACUCAUAUGGCAAAACCUCGGACUUGGCAUCGAAAUGGUAAUGCAUCUGCAUCUUCUCUUCCUGCAAGUAUGCCUUUCUCGAGUACUGUUCCACCCCAAAGGAAUUUACCACAAAAAGAUGGAAAACUUCAGAGUAAUUCUUAUGUGCGUAAAGGCAACAGCCUUGUUAGAAAACCAGUUCCAGUUGCUGCUCUACCUCAAAGCUCUCAUGGGUUUAGCUCAGCUGUUUAUCGGUUGAACUCUUUAAGUAUAGAUGGGUUGAAGAAGAAUGCAGGAUCUGAUAGUAGGGUUGAUGUUAAAAACCCUCCAAGUCUCAUGAGAACAGGAGAAAUGAAUGCUCCUUUGGAUAGGCCCAGACUCCCGUUGCCCAAUGGAGCCAAAUUAUCUACUUGUGAUGCCAUCUGUUUGGGGGUUCAUACAUCAUCCCAAUUGGCUGAGCCUCUUCUUAGUGGUGAAAAUACGUCAGAUCCUAAGAAUUGUUUGGAAACUAAAGAUGCAAAAAUUGUUGUCAAUGACUCACUGGUAACUUCUGAAACUCAGGAAAAUCAUAGUGGUCCAUUCAACAGUUUGGAAAACCAGACGGAACUACAUGAUGGGAAUUUGGUGCCUUCAAAUACGAAGAAUAUUGUCUAUGUAAAGCGCAAGUUAAAUCAGUUGGUUGCAUCUUCCAGUCCUUGUGACCUUCCCGUCCACAAUGCUGAUAAGAUCCAACACUCAUCCUUUGACGGCUACUACAAGAGGCGCAAAAAUCAGCUAAUUAGGACAUCUUCAGAAGGUCAUGCUAAACAGGCAGUUAUCAUGUCCAAUGACAAUUUAAACUCACAGGUGCAAAAGGUUCCUAAGAUUGUCCCCAGCAGAAUAUAUGGCAAGAAGCGAUCACAGAAGGUUAUUGCAAAGACAAGUAAAACUGGAAAAAACUCCUUGGUAUGGACACCACGUGCUACAGAGUCAUCGAACAAUGAUGGUGAUUCAUUUGACCAUCAGAAGAUAUUGCCUCACCUGUUUCCUUGGAAAAGAGCAAGACACUGGAGGACUUCCAUGCAAAGUCAGGCUUCCAACUUCAAAUAUAGUUCCGCAUCAACAAUGAGUAAAAAACUGCUGCUGUCAAGAAGGCGGGAUACUGUAUACACUAGGUCAACCCAUGGAUUUUCACUUAGAAUGUACAAAGUAUUAAGUGUUGGUGGUUCCAGUUUAAAAUGGUCAAAAUCCAUUGAAAAUCGCUCAAAGAAAGCUAAUGAGGAAGCUACACGUGCUGUUGCUGCAGUAGAGAAGAAGAAAAGAGAACACAGUGGUGCUGCUUGCGUUAGUUCUGGGUCUAAAUUUAGAAAUAAUAUAUCGGGAAAACGUAUAUUCCGUAUUGGUUCUGUCCGUUACAAAAUGGAUCCUUCAAGGCGAACACUUCAGAGAAUUUCAGAUGAUGAAUCAUCAAGCUCUGCUGUGCUUAAUCCAGAAAAGGAUGCCAAGAGAUCUUAUGUUCCAAGGAGAUUGGUGAUCGGCAAUGAUGAAUAUGUGCGGAUUGGCAAUGGUAAUCAGCUUAUCAGAAAUCCGAAGAAACGAACUCGCAUAUUGGCUAGUGAAAGAGUUCGAUGGAGUUUGCACACUGCCAGACUGCGGUUGGCAAAAAAGCGGAAGUACUGUCAGUUUUUUACGAGAUUUGGGAAGUGCAACAAGGAUGAUGGAAAAUGCCCCUAUAUUCAUGAUCCCUCUAAAAUUGCAGUCUGCACGAAGUUUCUGAAGGGGUUGUGUUCCAAUCCCAACUGCAAGUUGACUCAUAAGGUCAUUCCAGAAAGAAUGCAGGACUGUUCUUACUUUUUGCAAGGUUUGUGCUCCAAUGAAAGUUGUCCUUACAGACAUGUAAAUGUGAAUCCAAAGGCAUCUACUUGUGAAGGAUUUCUUAAGGGAUAUUGUGCUGACGGGAAUGAGUGCCGGAAGAAGCACAGCUAUGUCUGCCCGUCUUUUGAAGCAACUGGAAACUGUCCUCAAGGUCCUAAAUGCAAGCUUCACCACCCCAGAAACCGAACAAAGGGAAAGAAAAGGAAACGAACAAGAGAACAAAAAAAUGCUUGGGGCCGUUACUUUGUAUCCAAGGAUAUCAAUUUUUCUGAGCCGAGAGCAGUGUCUGGAAAGCACUGUGCACAAAAUGGUGAUGACAUAUUUGCUAGUGAUGAGGCUGCUGAUUUCAUUAGCAUUGAUGCUAGUGAUGAGGAGGCCGGAGAAAGCAACGAUCCAAUAAAUGAGCAAGCUGCAUCGUGCGACAGUGAUUCCUCUGAAUUAGAAUUAGAUGAUCUUGAUGAGCUAAUUAAACCAGUUCGUUUACUGGAUAGGAGUCUGAAGACAACAUCUUAUAACAGUGGCAGCUGA